CGGGGAGCGGCUGCUUCGAGGAUUGACGGGAGUCCGGUCACCAGCGGUGGGUUUAUACGCCUUCUCCACGAUCUGUAGAAGAAGAAACUGCUUCUGUAGUUUUAAAAAGGAUGCAGAGGAUGGGGCUGACUAUGAAGAAACCUGUUGCUGCUGCGGGGAUGGUUAAAGAAGAUUCAAUUGGGAGGAGAAAGGAACGGAGUGGCAACGACUUUGCACCCGGACUGUGCGGUGUUUCAAAGAGCUAUGAAUCCUUUGGCCGGACUUGAAAGGGAGGGAGACUCCCUACUCGGGGAAAAAACAUCAGAUGGGCAGAGGAGGCUAUUUUUAUGCGGCAAGACUCUUUAGAAAUCAGCUUUACUAUUUUCACUUCAUUUGAAAUGCACUCAGUUG